AUGGCUGCUCAAGACUACUACCAACCUUCGACGCACCAGUACCAACCCUAUACCUCUCAGCCAUCUGUACCGUAUCCUCAAUCUCAGUAUGGCCAAGCACCAUCGUACCAUCACAACGAGCCUCUGGACCACAGACCAACACCACCACCACCAGCUGACCUCCAUCCUUCGAGCAUGUACACCGACGACAUUCCCUUGAAGAACCAGAACCGCGUUCAGACAAACCAAACAGAGUGGCCCGCAGCCCAACACACAGCAUAUCCUCCCUCUCCCGAAUCGCAGCAUCCUGAUCCUGCCCUAUUACCAUCCUCUGACAAAAAGAGACGGCGGAAACAGAAGAAGAAGGGUGGAUUCUUCUCUGGCAAGGUGCCAUGGUUUGUCUAUUUCGUUUCUCUUGUACAGAUCACAGUCUUCAUAGCAGAAAUAAUAAAGAAUUCAACAAUGACAGGCUCACCGAUAAUGAUAAAGCCCUCAUUCAACCCUAUGAUAGGACCCUCUACCUACGUGUUGAUCAACAUGGGCGCACGAUUUGUGCCUUGCAUGAGAACUACAUACCAAGAAAACAGCAACCUACGUUAUCCUGAAAGUCCAUGGCCAUGUCCAAAUACUACAAGUACUGCCACCACCGACCCGAACAACAAAUGUACCCUGGGAGAGCUUUGUGGCAUGGGUGGCUUCGAUUACAACCACCCCAACCAGUGGUAUCGCUUCAUAACGCCCAUCUUCCUGCACGCUGGCAUCAUACACAUUGGUUUCAACAUGUUGUUACAGCUGACAUUAGGAAGAGACAUGGAGAAAGCAAUCGGAACCGUGCGAUUCAUGAUCGUCUACCUGAGCAGCGGCAUUUUUGGAUUCGUCCUAGGAGGUAACUUCGCAGCACCAGCCAUCGCCUCAACAGGUGCUUCAGGCUGCCUCUUCGGCAUCCUUGCCCUCGUCCUCCUAGACAUCUUCUACACCUGGAAUGAGCGACCAUCCCCUGGAAAAGACCUCCUCUGGCUCCUCUUCGACAUCGUCAUCUCCUUCGCUCUCGGCCUCCUCCCCGGUCUCGACAACUUCAGCCACAUCGGCGGCUUCCUCAUGGGGCUCGUUCUUGGAAUCUGCAUCCUCCAUUCCCCAAGCACUCUACGCAAACGCAUCGAAACUCGCGGCCACAAACCAUCAUAUUCUCAAAUCGGCUCGGAAACCAACAUCCCAACAACACUAGCCAGCGGCGCCAUCCCUCCAACCGACGGAAAAGACACCACCACCACAACAACCACAACGACAAUAACCCGCCCCGCCUCCCUAACCCGCUUCACUAAACAACCCGUCAGCUUCUUCAAAAACCGCAAACCCGCCUGGUGGGCAUGGUGGCUUAUUAGGGCGGGCUGCCUGAUUGGCGUACUCAUUGGGUUUAUCGUGCUACUUACGAAUUUCUACAAGUACCGCGAUCAGUGUUCGUGGUUUGGGGAACAUGACUUGGCAGACGACAGAGGGGACGGGGAGUGGGAGUGUGAGGAGGAAGAUGGUUAG